AUGAACGGGGGGUGGGGAGAAAUUGAUCUGACUGACUCCAUUUGUUGCAGUGCCUGGCGUCCCUUAGAACAGGUCGAGAACUGGCCACUCGCUGUAUGCGACGGCUCAUCAAUAACCUAUGAUGAUCUCAUAGAGGUUGAUUUGAUACGAAAGGACUAUAUUGGGUCAACUAUGUUCGCCAAAUUCAGGCCUGGCUAUAGCUGGUACUAUCUUGAAAGCCAGCGUCCAGAUGAAGUCUGCCUUUUCAAAAACUUCGAUAGCCAAGAAAACUCAAAGGCACCAAUAUGCCCACACUCCUCCUUUGAGCAAGAUGAUGUUCCCCUAAAUACAAGGCCUAGAAAAAGCAUCGAGGUCAGAGCAUUCGUCUUCGGCGGUCCGCAGCAACGCCCCUCAGCAGCUGCGGACACAUAG